GCCAACUUUGAACAUUGGGGGGAGGGGGAGGCGUUCACAGAUGGAUGUGGCAUGAGUGUUCGCCAUUUUUUUCCGAGGCCUGGAUGUCUGGGGCAGCAGAACCCUCUGCGGCGGAGCUUCCUCGAGCGAUUCCUGGAUCCCGGGGAGGUCAAGGCCUGCCUCGAGGGCGCCGGUGCGGCUGCUGGGGGCGCGCCAGCCGCUCCGCUGCCGGACGCGGGCGACUGGAGCGACGUGCCCGAGGCGUUCUGGCCGCUCUACGAGGCCGUCCUGAAGCGGCGCCACGGGGCGCCUUCGGACCACCCGGCGGAGGGCCCCUAGCGGCUCUGCCCGCCGCGGCCCGUGCCCCGCCGCCGCGCCGCCGCCGCGCCG